GGCCAUAGCCUUCUCUGACCGUAUAAAGAGUGGAGUUGUGGGUGAACAGCUCUGGCUACAAAUCACAGAGCCCACAGAAAAAGACAUGGGCACAUACGCCAUUGAGUUUAACGAUGGAAAAGGUGGCCUGAGGAGGACUGUGGAGCUGAGCGGACAAGCGUAUGACGAUGCUUUUGCAGAAUUCCAGAGACUCAAGGCUGCUGCUAUUGCAGAGAGAAGUCGUGCUCGUGUAGCAGGAGGUCUUCCUGAUGUGGUCACUAUUCAGGAGGGCAAGGCCCUGAAUUUAACCUGUAAUAUUUCUGGCGACCCUGUGCCCGUGGUUACCUGGCUGAAGAACGACAAAGAGAUCACAUCAGAUGAGCACUGCAUCCUUAAGUUUGAGUCGGGCAAGUUUGCCAGCUUCACCAUCACUGGUGUGAACAUUUCAGACUCUGGCAAGUACAGCAUCCUGGUGAAGAACAAGUACGGCACGGAGAGCGGAGACUUCACUGUAAGUGUGUUCAUCCCAGACCAGGCCAGUAAGAGCAAGUAACAUGCUCUCUGCAAACAUGUACAAAUGAAAGGUACUGCAAGAGGCUAAAAAGAGGAAAAUGUUGAAGUUGUUUGUGUAGACAGUAAGAAAGUGAUAUUUAUUUAUGUUAAGUGAUGGAAAAAAUCAGCGUAGAGAUAACACAGAAGAUUUUAUAAAUGAAUCUCUCACACAACGCACUACAUGUACCCUUAACCAGGUAGCCUAUUGUAAUAAGACAUAUCAGAUGAAAAUUAAAGAAGUUACUGUAUGUAUUAUAAUUCGGUAAGUUUUGUUUUAGCAGAUUUUACCUCAACAAUGUGUCCUCUGGUUUUAGCUCAGAUAUAAACACGGAUUUUGAAAAACAAAAUUACGAAAAUUCAAGUUAAAGCUUAGUCAUGUGAUGUCAUGUUUCCUGUUUUAACUGUGAAAGUUGUUUCCCACCCUCACUUUAUGUUCUUCACUACAAUUAUGACACUCCCUCAUCAUUAGAUCAUUAUUUGUAAUGACACUGUUACAAAGGCCCUGUAUUACGGUUCAUGCAAGUAUGUCACUGUAUCCUUGGUGGUGAAACUAAUAAAUAAGCAUGUGCCUUCCUGA